ACGUAAACAAAACCAACGUGGAAGCGAAACAUGGCGGAAAGAGCAACGCCUACGACUCUUUAUCCUCCAUCUAAACGGAUAAAAUCCGAAGUAUGGAGAUAUUUUGGAUUUCGCACAAAUGCAGAAGGUUCUUUAGUUGAGGACGGUUUCCCUAUUUGUAAAAAAUGUGGCAGGAAAAUAGCAGCGAAACAGGGUAACACUUCCAACAUGUUUGCCCAUAUUCGCAACCAUCAUCCGUCUGAAUUCAUGCAGAUAACAAUGUCUCUAUCAAAUAAGGAAAAAACAACUCCGCUCAGAGCAAGACUAAACAAUCGUUUUGAAAGGGCCAGAUAUCUUGCAAAAAGAAGAGAAAGCAGUAGCAGUGAUGUUGUUGAGCUGAACUCUCAGCAGCUUCAGGAAUCUCCUCCGGUGUACUACAGCAGUGAGAAUGACUGCAGCUCUGUGACACACGACAGUCCUGAGAGAGACCACGGCUGGAUGAAGCAAGAGCCAAAGAAUGAAACAAUCCAGUGGGAAAAUAUCAACUCAGACGUCCCCGCUGAUGCUGAACAGGACAGCACGAGCAAUGCCAUCUCCAGUACAUCAUUCACUGAGCAUCAGUCAGCAAUGACACCCAUGGAGGUUUUACUCACCAAUGAGAUGCUGACCAUCACCAAACUCAAGUGUCUGCUGGAGAACAGACAAGAGAAGAUCGACACGCUGGAACAACAGGUGCAGGAUCUACAGGAGGAUCGCAAGUUCCUCCGCACACAGAUCGAGAAGCUCACCAACGUCCUCACUGCUCGCUUCUGUGAAGGUGUGGAGAAAUCUCAAGAAAAGUUGAACGAUUAAAUGUACCAAAGCAGUGUGUUUUAAAUUUGGUGCUAGAAUACAUUUAUGUACAGAUGUCGGGCAGGUUUUAGAGACAAUGCUGUGUCAUCUAAACUGAGAUGGUCAAAGUUUUUGCAGUGUUCUUUCUGCUUUUAUGGCAAUAGCUUCAACAUUCUCACCAAUAUUGACGAAGCACUUAAAGGCCUAACAUGUGUACAGCUGCUGAGAAGUCACUAGAGGGCGCUCUGAUACUAUUGCUGUGAUAGUAUGUACAUGUCUCUUGUUAGAGUUGUAAGAAGAGAUGCCAGAUUUCUCUUAUGUUCUGUUUUUCUAUUCAGUUCUUAUUGUUUGAGUUGCACUGUGUGCAACAGAUCAACUAGUUCAUUGAUAAUUUCUCUUUGAUGUUGUAUACAGCGGCUGCCACAACAAAUG